UCAAAUUUUUUUCUUUCAGGAAAAAAAAAAAAAAUUAAACUGUUUCUUUUCCUGGCAUUCCAUCUCCUUUGUCUGAAGUAUCAGCCACAGAGGGAGAACCAGAGCUCGAGACAAUGGCAAUGGUCUCCUUGAACCUCCGCACUGGCCCAAAUCCAAAGGUGCUUCAAGUCUGUUGCAGAAAGAAAGAGAGGAGCAGAGAUAACUAUGACCUCUACAAAGUCAUCGAAAUUACGCCUCCGCCCAAGAACCUCGGCGUUCGUUGCUUUCCCUCUAACAUGCAAUGCGGGGAGAUUGUGACAAUAGAAAGCCAAACUUACACAAUCUCGGCUGUAACUCAUAGGUACCAGCUUCGGAAGGGGAAGUAUGAACCGAGCGAGAAGAGGCUCGAUGUCUUGUCCACAGCGAGAUACGUCUUGAAUAUAUACUUGGAUAAUUUACUAGAACAAUCUUAAGACUUCUUCUUUAAGUUAGUUCCACUUCCACACACUGUUGAAAUAUUAUGAAUUGAUUGUGCAGUUCUUGGAUUCCCUUAUCAUAUCCCUUGCCAACUUGCUGGUUUUCCAUGAUGUAUAUAGAAGAAAAAGAAAAUAAAAAUAGAGGGUUAUGUUUUUUAGCAA